AUGACUUUCAAGCGAAGGAAUGGAGGCCGAAACAAGCACGGUCGUGGCCAUGUAAAGCCUAUCCGAUGCUCCAACUGCGGAAAAUGCUGCCCCAAGGACAAAGCUAUCAAGAGGUUUCUUGUGAGGAACAUAGUUGAGCAAGCUGCUGUUCGAGAUGUCCAGGAUGCUUGUGCCUUUGAGACGUACACUCUUCCCAAGUUGUAUGUGAAGAUGCAAUAUUGUGUUUCAUGUGCAAUUCACUCCAAAGUUGUUAGGGUGCGCUCAAGUACUGAUAGAAGGAACCGUGAACCCCCUCAGCGCUUCAGGCGUCCAAGGGAGGAUCAGCCCAGGCCCGGACAAGCACCACGUCCUGCUGCAACCCGGACUUGA